CGAAGGUGGCCAAGUAGUAAGUAUGGUAAACCAGGUAGAAACAGCUCAGACUUAAGUUAUGUACGGACUGUGCAACAAUGGUAACUAAGGUUGAUUGGGCUUGUGCGUUUUGAUCAUUACCCAUUGUUUUAACAUAUGAAAUAUCUUAUAUUAAAUUUGUUGAAUAUUGAAAAUUAAGAAACCUUAAAAAAUGCCACAAGGAACAAGAAAAAAGCCAUUCAGUGGCAAAGCAAAGAAGCAACAAUUACAAGCUAAAAAACAACGUCAAAAUCCUCUUAUGUCUUCUGAUGAUUACAUUAGGAGCAUUGGAGAAAAUUCAAAUAUUGAUUCUGUAUCUAAACUUAUACAAAAGAUUAACAAACAACCAAAGGAUGGUAACAGUUCUAAAAAUAGAUACACUUUACAAUUUUUCCAAGAAAGUAAAGAAGAAUUGUUAAAGCGGAAGGAAGAAGCUAGAAGCACGAUCGAAAGAUUAUCCAUUAAAGAACAAGAAGUUUCUAGUAAUUAUUUCCCACCGGAAAUUGAUAUGCCUAAAAGACCACCAUGGAAUUUCAAUAUGUCUAAAGAUCAAUUAGAGAUGAAAGAGCAAAAGUACUUUACUGAAUACCUGAAAGAUAUGGAAAAAUUAAGUACUGUAAGUUAUUUUGAAUUAAAUCUAGAAACAUGGAGGCAAUUGUGGAGAGUUUUAGAAAUCUCUGAUGUUCUAUUAAUUAUUGUUGAUAUCAGAUAUCCUGUUCUAAUGUUUCCUCCAUAUUUAUAUCACCAUAUAACAAACGAACUGAAGAAAGAUAUGAUUCUAGUCUUGAAUAAAGUUGAUUUAGCUUCUCCAGCACUGGUGGUAGCAUGGAAAGAGUACUUUCAUGUUACAUACCCAAAAUUACACAUUUUAAUGUUUACAUCUUAUCCCACUUAUAAUUUACAUGGUAAUAUAAAUGAUACAGAAGGCAUUAAAAAAAGACAUAGGAGAGGGAAAUUAAAAAUGGCUGCAGAAGGGGCUCAAAAAUUAUUGGAUACUUGUAAAGAAAUUGUGGGGGAUAAAGUGGAUUUGAGUUCUUGGCAUGACAAAAUUCAGGAAGAAAUGCAAUUUGAAUCUGAUUUAAACGAUAUAGAUCAUAAAGAUACUGUUACCAUUGAAAAAAAAGAUACAAGUUACUAUAAACACGAACAGUAUAAAAAUGGAGUGUUAACUAUUGGUUGUAUUGGAACCCCAAAUGUUGGAAAAUCAUCUCUGAUGAAUGCGCUGAUGGGAAGGAAAGUUGUAAGCGUAUCGCGCACUCCUGGGCAUACAAAACAUUUUCAAACAAUAUUCCUCACGAAAACAGUUUGUCUCUGCGAUUGUCCAGGACUGGUAUUUCCGUCAACUGUACCAAAACAAUUGCAGAUUUUGAUGGGUUCUUUUCCAAUAGCUCAAGUCAGGGAACCAUAUUCGACAAUUAAGUUUUUGGCAGAAAGAAUAGACUUGCCAAACCUGUUGAAAAUUCAGCAUCCAGAAAACGAUGAAACGUGGUCUGCGAUAGAUAUUUGCGAGGGUUGGGCUCGCAAACGAAAUUUUAUAACUGCACGAGCUGCUAGACUCGAUACUUACAGAGCAGCUAAUUCCUUACUAAGAAUGGCGUUAGAGGCAAAGAUUUGUAUACACGUCUACCCACUGGGUUGGGUUGAUAAUAAAGAAAAAUGGGAGACCCAUCCAGACGUUGAAUUAGUGAAAUGGAUUCAAGCUAGAAACAAGGAGGAUUUUAAAGACGAAGGAAGAUUGCAUUCGUCGUCUGAGGAUGAGGAAGAUACAGAUGAAUCUAGCGAUACUUCGAAACUGAAAGGAGAGAAAUCAGAGAAUUCAGACGAUACGUCCGGCGAGGAAUCAGAGACACCGAGCAUGGUUAACAAAUUUGAUUCGCUCUCCGUAGAUUUAUCAAAGGAUUAAUCGUACACUGGUUGUAUUUUCAGAAUUAAUCUUUAAUGUUCAAUGAUCAAUUACAUGUUGAGUUAUUUACAACGAAAUAAAAUACUAUAUUUAUAACGGAA